AUGCCAUUUUGGCCCUUUUCCAUCUCCCCUCCCGAGGGCAAGGAGGACGAAUUGCCAUGGCAUGCGGCAAUUCUCCCGUACUUGCAGGUCAAGGAGGUGCUCCACACUGUUGUCAUUCUCCCUGAUCCUGAAUUCAAAAGGUAUCAGGACCCCGCAGGAACUAGCUUCAUGACCCAAUUCACCCGGCUUAAGCUAUUCUUGGAUGCCAAGUUGAUCGACGAGAGUUGUCGAGCCUGGAAAGAGUUGCAGGAAACUGAUCCUGGCUUCAGAAAGAUUCAGAUUCUUCACGCAACGUCGGAUGCCUAUAGAAAGGAGGCGGCGGACAUUCCGAAUGAGGAGGGGCCAGUUACCUUCCCCGAGGAGUGGAAAGACGAGGACUUCUUUCUCAACUGGUUGUACGUCAACGUCUUGCUACAUCUCAAGUGCCUUAGCCUGGAGACGUUGGAGAGGGCCACUCAGGUAAUCUUGGACACAAAUUACCGGGCACAGUGGGGCCGCUGUGGGGAAGAGCACAAGACUCGUUUAGAGAGGGAGGAGCACAGGGCGGCAGUGAAUGCCCAGUAUGAGAAGGACAAGGCCCAGAUGAAAGCCGACUGGGAGGAGUUGAAGAAGGCGGUCAAAAAUGAGGUGAAGGCAUUCUUUCUUGAGCGGAAACAGGAAAAGAUCGCUAGGGGGCUCGAGAAAGAGAGGAAGAGGCAGGAGGAGAACCUCCUCAAGGAAGUUAGGAGUCAAAGGAGGCUCGACAAAGAGGAGAACUACCAAUAG